AUGGGAGACCUUUUUUCCUUGUUUUGGGAGGUAGAGUCUCCUCCCAUACCUGUCAGUUUUACCAUUCCAAGUCAGGAUUAUGAAUGCCGGAAAGAUGACUCUUGUGGGACAAUAGGGAGUUUCCUGCUUUGGUAUUUUGUCAUCAUAUUGGUCUUGAUGUUCUUCUCUCGGGCUUCUGUUUGGAUGUCUGAGAACAGAAAGGAUGAAGGCAGUGGGACAAGUGCUUCAGCCAGUAAAGCAAGCAAAGAAAUUUCCUAUAAGCGGCAAAGUAGAGAUGCUACCUGGGACGCCUCGCAAACAAUGAAGAAACCAAAACAGAACCAACCUUCCCCUGCAACCGACUCCUCGGAGAUGGCUUUGGUCAAUGCCUACCUUGAACACAGACGAGCCAGGCGCCAUUCUGCGUUCCACCAGGUGGGCCAGGUCCAGCAGGACAGCGACACCACGGAGUGCGACAGCGACGACUCGAACUCGGGCGCCUCGUCGUGGAAGGAGAGCGAAAGCGGGCACCUGCCCUCGCCAGCCAGCGCGCAGCGAGAGCCAGGUCAGAGGCCCAGGACCUCGGGCAGCUACCAGAUCAGGGAGAGGCCCUGCCUCCACUGCAAAGCCGUGAGGACCAACGAGUGGCUGGCCCGCCAUUUCCUGCAGCACUCUUCCGCAACAGCCUCCACGAAGGGAGACCUUUCAGAAGAAAAUUCUAAACCUGACAUCGACACAAGGUUCAAUCAGUUCUGAAUGCUGCAGUCCUCAACUUCGGCGAAGUCAAAAGAAAGAUGAAUAAAACAUGAAAACCACCAUAGCCUUAGGCGAGGAGACACCAAAAAGCC